AUGAACAAAUCAUUUCAAAGUUACACAUCAGAUCCAUGGAUUGAUCUUCAAUCAGAAGAAAAACAAAUAAUGUCACCAUCAACAAUGACAAGUUCAUUUGCUGAUAGAGAUCUUACAUCAAGUAUGCAUAUUAAUGAACAUUUAUUAUUAGAAGCACAAAAAGAAUCAUCUCGUGUUGGUUCCAAAGGUUCACAGAGUGAUAGUUCAUCACCAAAAAGCCCUAAAAGUCCUGUGCAAACGGAUCGAAAUGUUGCCGAGUGGAUGUCAUAUUGGUCAUCACGUAUUGAAGCUGAACCACCAAAAGAAUGGAAAUUUGUUCAUCCAAUAAACCGAAGCGUACGUGAUCAAUUACUUUUUGAAGAUGAAGAAGAAAAAGCAGCUAAAGAAGCUGAAAAGGCAUUAAUUGAAAAAAAACGUAUGCGUUAUCUUAUUUUAAGUAAUUGUGCUAGUUUUAUUCUUGGCAUGGGAAUAAUGUAUUUAUGUUUACGUCGUUAUCUACGCAUGAAAACGCCUUAUUUUUAUGCAUUAGACUAA